AAUUUAAUCUAGUCGACCUUCACGAUGCAUGCGACCGGCGCGGCCGCCGCGCAUUGCAUAGAAAGUGGGGAUGCUGAUGACGACGCGUUUCUUACUGUCUCACUCUAACGGUCUCACUCUAAUUUAGAAUUUAAAUCUCAAGAUAAAAUCGACGGUGGCGCCUCUAACAACGAGGAUCGAUUUUGGAGUUAUUUUAAAUACAUUAGACCACGCCUCUUCCCCACUUCUUUACUCAAUGGUUAUUUUCUUGCAUUGCUCUAGAGGACUUUUAAAUUAGUAGAUGUGCACGAUCGGCCCGGAAUGCAAAAUAAAAAACUUUCGACCAGAAGGAUGCGUGGUGUCUAAAAAUGGGGAACUUUGCGGCGAAACCGACACGUUGGAAAUAACGAAGGAAUUCAAGAGAUGCUACGAGGAAAAGUUGCGGAUGAUAGAGAAGGACAAGGGACCCGAUUUUUUGCAGGACAAACUGAAACUGCAAAAGGAAUGGAUAGACGAUUUGUACGAGCAAAAUGAAAUGCUUGUUAAAGCAGUACAGGAAUUAGAAUAUGAGGCAUCCGAAAGGGUAUUGGCUUUGGAGGAAAAACUGCAACAAAGUGCCAAAUGUAUUUGUGAGGUGAUGAAAAAAUAUCGGGAGCACGAUGUGGCGAGCGAUUUAUUAUCUGAGCCGUUGCAGAGAAUUUUUGAGCUGGAAAACGAUCAAAAGAAUUUAUUAGAGCUGCUUAGAAGAGGAAGAUGUAAAAAUGACUGGAGUUUAGAUGGCUUAAAGUUUUUCACCAUAAACAAAUGCGACCUCUUCAAAGAUAAAACGCGCGCAAGAUCGCGAUCUAGAUCCGAGUCCAAAAGAAGACACAGCACAGGGAGGCGCAGUUCAUCUUUAAAAAGAAAGGAGGCAGAAGAACAGCUGGAAAAAACAUGUUGCGAAUUGGAUGAGAAAAAUAAGGAAUUGGAAAAAAAAGAGAGGAUUGUCGUCGAGUUGGAACAAAAAAUCAAACAUUAUAGUUCCUUGGGAAACGUUGAAACCAUUUAUAGCGAACUAACCCAAAUAAGAACAGAAUAUGAAUGCUACAGAAGGCAAACUGAAGACAUGAGGCACGCCUUAGCCGAAGAAGUAGCCUCAAAACACGACGUCAUUUUGGCCCUAAAAAGAGACUGUUACCAAUUGGAAGAAAGAUGUCUACAGGCCGACAAACAGGUCGCCUUCAAAGAUGACAUCAUCAAGGAACUAAGAAAAGAGAUUAAGCAGUUGAAACAACAGCUGGACCAAGUACCAGUGGAUUGUCCAAAAAGCAAAGCAAUAUCAACAUCCACUUCAAACAGUGCUGGUCAGGAAACCCAGACAGAUGAUACAGUAAAUAAUAAUGAACCUCCAACAUUGAUCCAAAAAAAAUCCGUGCUCAAUAUGGAGACGAGCUGCUCUGACUUGGAUUUAGCGGAAAAAAGAAGACAGGAACAACUACUGAAACAAAACGAUUGCAUCCAAAAAGAGUGUAACGACCUUAAACUUAAAAUUCAGGAGAUGGAAUGCGAACUGGAAAAUUCGCAAAACAAAAACGAAUGUCAAAUAAAUGAGUGCGCAGAAAUCAGACAAAAGAUAGAGCAGUUGAGGGUGGAAUUAUCGCGCGAAAAAGAGUGCAAGGAGAAGGAGACUUGUGAGCUGAAGAAAAUUAUUGAAGAACUGCAGACCAAAAUACAAACCACUGAUAGGUUUGCGCACGAAAAAGAUUGCAGUCAAAAGGAAAUAACGAAUUUAAAGAACCGAAUAAAAGAAUUAGAGUGCCAAAUGCAGAGUUCUGAAAAUAUAUUGAAGGAGAACGCGUGCAAAGGGAAGGAAUGUCUGGAGUAUAAAAUAAAAAUACGGGAGUUGGAGAUCGACAACUUAAAUCUCCAAGAUAUCCGCAGCGAAAGGGAUUGCAAAGUGAAGGAGUGUUUGGAGUUGAAGAGGUGUAUUUGGGAGUCGCAGUGCGAGAUAGAAAACCAAAAAGAAGUCUUGAAACAGAAAGAAUGCAGCGUCCAGGAGUGUCACCAAUUAAGAAAUAGAAUAAAACAAAUGGACCAAGAGCUGAUAACAGCACAAGAUCUCCUCACCGAUAGAGAAUUAAAAAUUAAGGAGGUAAACGAUUUAAGAAACAAAAUAUGGGAGAUGCAAUACGAGUUGGAUUGCACGAAGGAACAAAUGAAGGAGAAAGAGCAGUCUGAACGAGAAUGUUGCCAAUUAAGGCAAAGAAUACAUCACUUAGAAUUGGAAUUGCAAAACUCUACACAACUAUUGGAAGGUAACGAGUGCAAACUGAAGGAGUGUUCCGACUUGAAGAACAAAAUCUGGGAGUUGCAAUGCGAGCUGGAAAACACGGAACAACUCCGCAAAGACAAGGAUUGCCUAUCAAAGGAAUGCAACGAAUUAAAAAACAAGUUGUUUAAGUUGGAGUGCGAGUACGAAACAUCGCAAGGAAUAAUUUCGGCAAACGAGUGCAAAACCAACGAGUGCAAUCAAUUGAGAACCAAAGUAUGGGAGUUGGAAUCUCAGUUACAAAACCAACAAGACCUAAUCAAAGAACGCGACUGCAAAGUCAAGGAAUAUGCAGAUAUGAAAAACAAACUUCGCCAAAUCGAAUACGAGUUGCAAAACGCCAGGGAAACAAUAAAAGCCAAUGAGUGCAAACUGAAUGAAUGUGCGCAAUUGAAGAACAGAAUUUGGCAGCUGGAAACGGAGUUGGAAAAUCAGGAAGAACUGAAGAAGACGAAGGAAUGCAGAACGAGGGAGUGUUCCGAAAUGAGAAUCAAAAUAAAACAACUUGAAAGUAACCUACAGCUAUCCAAAGAAGUGUCGUGCGAGAGUUUGUGCAGGUCCAAAGAGUUUUCGGUUCUAAAGGGCAGAAUAUUUGAGUUGGAGCAAGAGUUGGACUCUCUUCGUCAGCUGCGCGCCGAGAAAGAUUGCAAAAUUAGAGAAUGCCUGGAAUUGAAAAACAAAAUAAGACAACAAGAGUGCGAGUUGAAGGAAAAAGAAAGCAGUAUUAUUGAGUGUGCACAAUUGAGGAAUAAGGUGAUGGAGUUGGAGAUGGAGCAAAAUGCAGACCAUAUAUGCAAUAGAAAGAAUUGUUUGGAUUUGGCGAAUAAAAUCAAAGAAAUGGAGCACGAAAUAUACAGUUUACAGAAAGGAAAUGAUUGUAGAGUUAAGGAAUGCAACGACUUAAAAAAUAGGAUUCGAGAGUUACAAAGUGAGCUGCAAAAUUCACAGGAACGAGGGACGAAUUUACAAUUGGCAGUGGACAUACAUCUUAACUCCAUUAAUGUCCUGGAGGCUACUGAGGAAAAAUAUAGAUUAGAGAUUGACCAGCAAAAAGUUACCAUUGCAAACCUACAAGACGCCCUGGUCAGUUCUAAAAACAACCUGGAAGAAUUAAAACAAAAAUCAGACGACAGCAUUCAGGAACAAAAAUCCAUAUUUAAUAUUUUGUAUGGAUUUUUGGUGAACACUGAAGAACAGAAAAGUAUAAUAAAUAAACAGUAUGAAGAAAUAAUAGAGAACUAUAGUAACUUACAAGAACUUAAUCUUGAACUAGAAACUGAACACUGUCAGACAUUACAAGACAUUGAAGAAAUGGAAAUUCAAUUACAUAAGUAUCAUGACAUAUUAGUAGAAAAUAAGAAAGAAAAUUCCACAUUUAGAACCUAUAUCGACAGCCUUAUAUUGCAAAAAGAUCACUACGAAAAAGUGGUUGAAUAUUUUAAGAAAGAGAUGAGACUCAUGUCUGAACAAUUAUUAUCAUUACAAUCCCUCUUGACCGCCAGCACUGAAACAGCCGAAUCAGAAAACAACAAGCUCCAACACUCCUUGAACGAUGUAAAAGAAACAAACAAAAAACUGAACUGCAAACUGGUUGCAGUGGAGCAGCAGAUGCGUUUGGAAAACCAAAUGAACCAAAUAAAUGAAAGCAAAAUUCAGGACUUGCAGAAAAUCGUCAGCAGUCAAGACAUGUGCAACUCGCACUAUCAGGAGAUCACCAAGGUGAUCAAAUCCAACCUGCAGGUGAUGUUCGAUCAAAAUCAGGAGUUGAAAGGCACCAUACGCAGUUUGAACGAAAGUAUAUCGGAUUUGUCGUUGACGGCUAAAAAGAAUGAGCAUGAAAAUAGCCAGAGCAAGGUUUGCACACAAAAUUGUAGAGAGCAGGUAGGGAAAUGCACCAAGAACUUGUUGGAGUUAAAGAAAAUAAUAGGCGAUAAAGAGUGCGAGUUGAAAAAAUGUCAGGAAUGUUGCCAUCAACUGUGCUUAGAUCACCAAGCAGCAACUGAUGAUUUAGAAAGGGCUAACUCUCUAAUACAAAGUAGAGAUUUUAAGCUGUCCAAAAUGGAAAAAUGCUUUAAAGAACUAUAUGAUAACCAUCAACUCACAGUUUCCGAACUGGAAACCACCAAAUGCGAUUUGGAUAAAAUGAAAUGUAACUACGACGCACUACAAGACUAUUUUCACAAGCUAUACGAAAAACACCAGCAGUUAACAGACGAACUAGAAAAAAGUAAGACCACUAUAUCUUUAUCACCAUGCAAAGCUAAAGAAGAAAGCAGUGGGUAUUGUUCAUCUUAUGAUGACAGAUUUAAAUUGAACGAUUCUGAAGACGAGUUAACUUUGAAAUGUCUAGAAGAAGUAAAUACUCAAACAACACCAAGAUGUGAAGAAGACCUUGAAGAACUGAAGAAAUCAAUAAAAGAUAAAGAUAUUGAACUAUAUGAGUUACGAAACAACUGUGAUCAGAAAAAUUGCGAAUUGCAACGAAUAAUAGAACAAAAAGAUAACCAGCUGCAAAGAUUAAAAGAAUGUCUUAAUGAUUUAAGGAAGGAACUUCAAAUAGCUUUAGUGAGACCUCUAAAAGAUAAAAAGGAAGAAUGUGUUUCUAACAAAAAUCAUAAAACCAAGCUGGUUUCUUUCGAUGAUGAUCCAUCCUGCAAACCAAAUUGUCAGUACAAUAAACCACCAGUUAAACUAAGUAACAUAUCAGUACAAGAAUCUGAAUCGUUCAUCGACGAAACUCAGAAAAUAAUUAAAGACAAAACCAUUGAAACGAAUAUUCAUCUCCAGAGAUGCCUUCAAAAUAUGAACAACAAACUAAUAGAUACCAUAGACGAAUUAGAAAAAACUAAGAAAGAUAUGUCAAAUAAACAACUGUCUUUGUGUACCGGCACCGGCAUUUCCAAAAACACCAUCGACGACAUGAAAACCACUAUAAAAACUUAUAAAGAAGAAAUCGCCGAACUUCAAUGUACUUUAAAUCAAGUCAACGCUAAACUCGCAAAAGCAACAGAAGAACUAUGCGAAAAACAACAUACAAUCGAAUGCUUGCAGAAAGAAUCCCAAACCUGGUGUGAAAACCAAGAUGAGAUUGCGGAACAGCAACGCGUCAUCAAGGAACUUCAAUGCAAACUGGACGAAGUGCGAGCCAAGGAGGACUUGAUAUGCAGCAUGCAAAAAAUCAUGGCCGAACUAAAGCAAAAGGCUGACGUGGUUCAAACAAAGGACGAGGAGAUUUGCAAGUUGCAAGCUACGAUUAAGGAUUUAAACACGGAACUGACGAGCUUUGCCGAGUGCAACAACAAAAUGGCGAUGGAGAUAUCAAAUAGUAAAGUACAAGGGGAAGUUUUGUUCAAGAAGGAGCAAGAAAUAAACAGGUAUAGGAAGAUAAUAAAGGAUUUGAGGCAUACGAUGUUUCAGCUGGACGAGCUGAAUAGGGGUUUGGGAGUUAAGGAGAUGUGUAAGUGUAGUGAUGAACAGCAAUCGACGUGUUCCAGGGAACUUCAACCUGUUAUUGAAAUGCCUUGUGAGGAGUGCGAUGACCCGGACAUACCGUGCCCAUGCGAAGUAGAAUUUUAUAAAAAUGUUGUCGAAACUUUGGGAUCAAAUGUUGUUGAGUUAAAAAAGAAGCUUACAGAAUGUCAAGCUAAAUUAAAAACGUCAGAGAUUUACAACAAGCAAAAGAUCGAAGACAUGCAGCAAACUUGUCAACGGAAGGAUAAGGAACUAAACGAGCUUAGAAACAAGUUAACUGAACGAUUGCAGGUGUACCAAUGUGGCGAAGAGAAAUACAAAGAGUUGAAUAGAAAACUGGACGGUGAAAUAAUGCACCUCAAGCAAGAAUUAGACUGCAGGAAUCACAAAUUGGCAGAAGUUAAAAAGAGCGUAAAGGAAAUAAACAGCUCCAGAUGUAUACAAUUAGCUUGUGCUCAAGAUGAAAUAGUUCUGUUGAAAAAUGAGAUUGGUAGAGUAAUGAAGAAGCAAUCACAACUGAAUGUAGAGAAUGAACAACUGACCCAGCAAGUUAACUGCCUUCAAGCGACGGUAACAAGUCUACAAGAGCAAAACAACCUGCUCAAAAACCAACUGGAACAAUACCUUCAAGAACUGUCCACGAUACAAAAAGAGAAGGACGACUUGAUGAGAAAAAAAGUGGAAGUGUUAAACGAGCUGCGCACCUUGCAGGGCUCCUAUGCGCAGAUCACAAAACAGCAAAGGUAUACCGCUGAUUCUGUUAAAAAUCUUGAAGCGGAAAUAGACGUUCUAAAAACAAAUCGCGACGAGAUCUCGUACGAGAGUAAAAAUGUUGUUAGUUAUGUUAAGGCGUGGCUCGAAGAACAGCGUAAAAUAAACGAUUUCGUAGGUAGGAAAGAGCGAAAUUAUUGUGAGAUCAUCGAGAAAUUGCAGGAGACAGAGUGCUCACAAAGCAUGGAGAAGAGACCUUCUUUAAGAAAAAUGGAAAGAAUCCUAACCCCCCAAAUGCCCCCCCAAAUGCAUAGACCUCCCCCUCCUCAAUCUCCAUGGAGUUUAGGCUCUCAAGGAACUGCCUCUUGUUUUGAUGAAAGAGACUUGCAGAGUCCCUCUAUAGAAACCGAAUGGUACUCGACAAACUACCAAUGUGAUUCCGAAUAUGAAUCUGAAGAAGACAGCUGGACGGCCAAGGUGGAAAAUCUAGCAGCCCAAGUAAGACAAACGAAUAGCGUUUGGAAAAACAAAAUGAAAUGUCAGUGCGACAAACACGUCACAAGGGACGUUAAAAAAUAACUUAUAAAGUAGUGUAGUUUGUAUAACAAUUUAUUUAACAGUGUGUGUUAUUAAAUCCUAAGCGUGUUUUAUACUUUUAAUAAAAUAUAAUUU